GACGAGCUGUCACACAUCCAAACAAACAAACGUCAUUGUAUACGAAAAAAAACUCUUGAAAGCACAUAAACGUUUAUUCGUGUUUCUCGUUUCUCUAUGAGAAUAACGCUGUUAAGGAGAAUGUCGUUCGUAGAUCUUGCAUCACUCAGGAUUAAGUACAAAUCGGAGAAGGAGAUCUUUCUAGAAUCCAGCAUUGAGCGAAAGGAACCGAUAAGCCUAUUUCGCAAGUGGUUGCAAGAUGCCUGCGAGACUCCAGAGAUCAUCGAGCCGAACGCUAUGUGCUUAGCAACAGCAACAAAGGAUGCUGUACCGUCGGCUCGGUUCGUGCUGUUAAAAGAUGUUACUGAUGAUGGAUUUACAUUCUUCACCAACUACGAAAGCCGCAAAGCGGACGAACUGGCAGAAAAUCCCUCCGUCGCGCUGGCAUUCUACUGGCUACCAUUAAGACGCUCCGUACGAAUCGAAGGCAUGGCAGAGCGCAUAUCACGCGAGGCUUCGGAGACAUAUUUCCACCAACGUCCACGCGCGAGUCAAAUCGGGGCAUUGGCAAGCCCACAAAGCAAACCGAUACCGAACAGAGAGUUUCUAGACCGAAAAGAAAAAGCAAUCAAAGAAGAACUCGGACCGGACGGUGUAGUACCACUGCCAAACUGGGGUGGCUAUCUUGUCCGUCCGAAAACGAUUGAAUUUUGGCAAGGACAAACUAAUCGGCUACACGAUCGCAUCCGGUUCCGUAAAGAGCUUGGUAGGAAUGAAGCCGUCGAUGGUACAUUGCUUCAUCAGGGAGAAGAAGGUUGGGUGUACGAACGAUUAGCACCAUAAACGGACAGCCGAAUCCGUUGAUGCCGUAUCCGUCUUCCAUCUAGAUAACUAAUCCGAGUGUUGUAUCGAAUGGAAAAGUUUAAUUUACAUAUCGGAUGUGUAAAGUAAUGCACAACAAUUAAUGUUUGGUUUCCGGGUUAAUAUUAAACCGGACUUUCUUUUGUUAUAAGGAUUCUGUUGUUUGAUCAUGGGAGGAAACAAAUUUGUGUUUGACAUCGUUUAUUUAUAUUACAAUAAAAUUGUGGUAUGCAAACCUGGAAUGCACCAUA